AUGAGAUUAAUUGGAGAUUUAAAAGGAGCAUUUACCAAUAACAGAGGCUUGGGAUUAAAAACCACUUACGCUGUUGGCUACUACUAUCGUAUAACGGAACGAAAAGCUAGGCUAUAUGAAAUCGCUGCUAUUUUGAUAAGUUUUGAACGACAUGCGGAGUGGCAAUCAAAAGAAGUUAAAAUAAGACCAAAAAGUGGUUCAAUGUUGUUAUAUAGUCGAAAGAAAGUACGAUAUCGUCGUGAUGGCUAUUGCUGGAAGAAAAGAAAAGAUGGUAAAACCACCCGUGAAGAUCAUAUGAAAUUAAAAGUACAGGGGACAGAAUGCAUUUACGGAUGCUAUGUACAUUCCGCAAUCCUUCCAACCUUUCACCGUCGUUGUUAUUGGUUAUUACAGAAUCCUGAUAUAGUUUUGGUCCAUUAUUUAAAUGUCCCAUAUCCUGAUGACAACAAACUUGCUGUGAUUACACCGAGCUUAGCGCUCUGGGGUGAUAAGAAAGAAUGGACGAAAGAUGAACUUGUAUCGCAACUAAAACCUAUGUUUUUUAGUGAAGAUGAACCCGACCUUAAUAAUGAACUGGAAAUCUCGACGGCUGAAACCGUUGAAGCAAUUGUAAGUCAAUUAAUGGAAAAACAACGCGUUGCACGUCAAGCAGCAUUAGUCAAACAAUUAGAAUGUGGCUGUCCAGACUCAACGUGUGCCGAUGGUAAAACAUGUUCACAUCCAAUGCGGCGUAUAACAGCUGCCAAAAAUGAAGUUGUCGGAUGUAGCGCACCAUCACCAUUACCAGCUGCAUCUGUAUCCAGUACAAGUUCCGGUCGAGGUUUAAACGAUGGUAGUAAUCAAGUUUCAUCAACAACUGGAUCUGGUAGCAUGAUAUUAACGACAAAUAGUCAUCAUCCACCACGUGUAUAUUCACGUGAAACUCGUACAAUUCAACACAGUCAACAACAUCAUCAUCAGAAUCAUGUGUUGAAUCAAACAUCAAAUCAUCAAACAGUUGCCACAACAUCAACACCUCCAUUAGUACUUAGUUUAUCACAAAUCCAGGGAGGUGGUGGUUUACUCAUAUUAAAUAGUUCAGCAACAAAUACAUCAGCACACUCAUCUGUACAUCAAUCACUUGUCUCACCAGUUUCAGUUGCUUCGUUUGUCUGUAGUACAAAUAAUGCCAAUAAUCGUAAUAACAACAAUCAUCACAACAAUAAUCAUCAUUCCAAAACAAUUAAAAAUAAUACGUUAGUGUUAAAACAAGAAGCGAUGGAUAUACAAGCAGCUGCGUCAUGUUGCAUGCAAUCAUCUGGUACAAAUACAAAUGUUACGACAAGUAUAAGUUCAUUAAAUGUUAAUAGAAUUCAUCAUCAUAAUCAGAAAAUUGAUACAAGUACAGCAACAGUUUUAUUUGAUGGUGUUACAUAUUCAAAUGGUGGAUUACGUCGAAUGCAUAAUGGUAAUCAUACAGAGAAAGCAACGGUACACCAUAAUGGCAUUGUAUCAAUGUCAAGUGCACCAUCAACACCCUCCAAACAUAUGGAUACAUCCAGUUCAGAUGAUAUUAUUGAAUUUAAGCAUAACUUUUGUGGUGAUACAGUUGUAUUACUUGGAACUGAUUCAAGUGGUUCGUUUAUAAGUAAAAGUGAUGGAACGUCAAUUAUAAAUGGUGGAUUUUGUAAUGAAACAUUAGAUUUAUCACAAGAAGAUAUACAAAGAACGUUAUCAGCAAAUAUGCCAUUGUGUUCAACGGAAAUUGAGCAUCGUAAUAGUGUUCAUACAUCAGUUACAUUAAAUCAAAAUAAUCCAGUUAUAGCUAAAAUUAAUCCAAUGGAUUUUAUUGAUUGCUCUGAUGUUGUUGUCUCACCGACGCAUGUUGUUGAUGACGAUGUUUUUGUUAAUUUAGAUGCAUUUGAUAUGUUAGGCGAAUUUCCAGAAUUAGAAGUAUUAGAUGGUAGUCAUGGUGUUGUUGGUUCGGAAUCAAGUCCAACAGCGCAUGAUGAUACAUCACCAAAUCGUGUAGAGUUCCGUGAAGGUACUGUAAAUAUAACUGACUAUUCACCGGAAUGGGCCUACCCGGAAGGUGGUGUUAAAGUAUUAGUUACUGGUCCUUGGUAUUCUACAAAUACACCAUAUACUGUUUUGUUUGAUACUUUUCCUGUUCCCACUACAUUGGUACAAAGUGGAGUUUUAAGAUGUUUCUGUCCAGCACAUGAAGCCGGACUUGCAACUUUACAAGUUGCUUGCGAAGGCUUAGUUAUAUCAAAUUCUGUGAUAUUCGAGUACAAGUUACCACCAAAAGAAGAGCAGACAACUGCACAGGAAGCCAAUAUGGAGCGUCCUAAUGACAAUCUGCUCAAGUUCACUUUACUUCAGCGUUUAGAAGCUAUGGAUGAUAGACUGCAAAUUAAACAAGAACCAGAUGCUGGAUCUGAUUCUGUUGAAGAUACAGUUUUAUUUCAACAAAAUAAUUUCGAAGAACGAUUAGUAACAUAUUGCCAAACGUUAACUACUAGAGAAUGGAGACAAGGAGAGGAAUUGAGUACAGCAUGGUUUGCAAGUCACCGAGGCAUGACCUUAUUACAUUUAGCAGCAUCAUUAGGUUAUUCACGUCUUGUAUGUACUAUGCUGCAUUGGCGUGCUGAAAAUUCAUCUUUAUUAUUAGAAACCGAAGUAGAUGCAUUAAGUCAAGAUGACGAAGGAUAUACGCCCUUGAUGUGGGCCUGUGCCAAAGGACACACUGAAACGGCAAUAAUGUUAUAUAGAUGGAAUCAUAUGGCUUUAAAUAUUAGAAAUGCAAUGCUGGAAAAUGCAUUAGAAUGUGCGAGAACAAAUAAACAUGCAGAUUUAGCCAAAGAAAUGGAGGAAUUAGAAGGACGAAGGGAACGGGCAAAUUUAGCUUUAUUAACAUCAUCUAAUUCAACAGAGAGUAUUGCAUUGUCUCCCUUACCUAUAUCACCCGCUAGUUCAAUGGCAUCAUUAUCGUCGAUUGCAUCAACAAGUAAAUCACAUGAUGGUGUUUUUUUACGUCCUGGAGCUGUUUCAAGUUCUUCUACACGAUCUGUUCAAUCACCUGGAACAAAUAUGGAUUCAUUAAUCCGAAAUUCCAAUACUCAACAAAGAUUAUCUAAACGUCCAUCUGUAGAUAGUGGUAUUCAUAUGGCUGUAGGACAAUCAUCCGAUAGUUUAAUAUCAAAUCGUGCUAAAAGUAAUAAGUCUGUUUUAGUAAGAGAUCUACAAAAAUUAUCAAGGUUCGAUAGAAGUAUGUCAUUACCAUUAAAUUCAAAUCAAGACAGUCCAACUGAUAACACAUCAGACUUGUUUCGGCAUUCACCUGUUCGAAAAAUUGAUUUUGCUUUAUGCGAAGUGGCUGGAGGGCCACGGAGUGAUAGUCCUCUGAUCGAUGUUGAAGCUGUUUCGGAUGAUGAUUCGGAGACCAGGCAAAGUGUUGUAGGGGAACAAGAUGUACGGGUAUUUACAUUAGCUGAACAAAUAAUUGCAGCUAUACCAGAUAGGAUAAAGAAUGAAAGUGAAGAAAUGAUGUUAGAUAGUCCUAGUCAACAUGAAUCAUUAGAUGCUCCAGAUAGUCUUUCCGAUGUGUUCAUGGAACCAUUAUUGGAUCAACAUACUGGAACAUCUUUUGAACCUGUUGAAUUUAAUUUUGAAUUCUCAGAUCAUAAUUAUAGAUAUUACGAUGUAGCGACGCCAUGCUCAAGUUUAAGUCCUGCAUCGUCUAGUUGUUUACAAUCACCUGGUUCAUUUACAUUAGACUCUCCAUCACCUCCUCCAACAACUGCAGAUUUCUGUGAAUUCUUUCAAGCAUCAGGAAGUGUUUUUGAAAAAGAUUUUUCGAAUCUUACCUUAUCAGAUCAAGAACAACGUGAAUUGUAUGAAGCAGCCAAAAUUAUUCAGAAAGCUUAUCGAUCGUAUAAAGGAAGGAAAAAGUUAGAAGAACAAGAUAAAGAAAGGGCAGCAGCAGUUUUGAUUCAAAACUAUUAUAGAAGAUAUAAACAGUACGCAUAUUUUAAGCAAAUGACGCGAGCAGCGAUGGUAAUCCAAAAUGGUUAUCGUUCAUAUUGUGAACAUAAACGAUUUAAGAAGAGUCAGGAAGCAGCUGUAUGCAUCCAGAACUACUACCGCAACUACAGGGAGCAGGGGGGCAGAGGCAGUCGUGAAGGUACACCUGCCUCUUCGGGCCUCAAGAGAACAUAUUCUCAACGAAGACAACAUCAAGCAGCUAGAAAAAUUCAACAGUUCAUGAGACAAUCGAAAAAUAAUUUAUGGGAUGAUUCUAUAGGAACUUCUUCGAUUACAGAGAGAACGAGCAGAAAAAGAGAAGCAGGAGGACCAGUCAGUGGAUGUCCGACAAAGGUCGCCGUCCCACGGAACCAAUUCAUCCAUCGGCCAAAAUAGCAGUUUCAGAUCAAAUAAUCAAAAUAUGGAUUCGUCGUCAGCAGAAGAAAGAAAAUUUGAAAAGAAAGAGCUUUAGUGGACUUUUAACUAUUUACUACAUGCA